GAUAAAGUUUUGACAUUCAAAAUGCAGUGAAAACAUGGCGGCGCCCAAGACAUGGAAAAGACUUGUGUUCUCUGGGUAUACUCCUGCUUUCUCCUGGGUUUUUACGAGGAUAACAGAUCGCUUUUUCAGGACACAUGAGCGGAGGAGAGGGUCCGCUGUGCUGCUCUUGGCCCCUCUCCUGGCAGAGGCGGACUCAGCCCCCCUGGCCUCCUCCAAACCUCCUGGCUUCACUGGUGUCGAGGGCCUCCACUCUCGGUUCCACUGGAUGGCUGAUCAUGUACCUGCUUUCAGGGUCCCUGGGGGCCGCAUAUGCGUCCUUCACUCACCUGAUGAGUUUUAUCAGGCUAUGAAAGCUCGUAUCAAGACAGCCAAGAGUCGUGUGGUGAUGGCAUCACUGUAUCUGGGCACAGGACCACUAGAGCAAGACCUUGUGGAUUGCAUGGAAGAGGCAUUAGAGCGCUCGCAGGAAGAUCAUGCACCUGAUCUCAAAGUGUCUUUUCUGCUGGAUUAUACCAGAGGCUCAAGAGGUAAGCACAAUUCCCGCACAAUGUUACUGCCACUGCUCCAGCGUUUUCCCGAGCAGAUGAGAGUGUCCCUGUACCACACACCUGAUCUGCGGGGGCUGCUACGUCUUCUGGUUCCCGAACGCUUCAAUGAAACCAUCGGGGUGCAGCACAUUAAGGCAUACCUUUUUGACAACAGUCUCAUCAUUAGUGGGGCCAAUCUGAGCGACUCCUACUUCACCAAUCGUCAGGAUCGUUAUGUACUUCUGGAGGACUGCGAGGAGGUGGCUGAUUUCUUUGCUGAACUCGUGGGUGCCGUGGGCGACGUGUCACUGCAGCUGCAGCCUGACAACAGUGUGCACAUGAUGGAGGGAAUGGUGCAUCCCUACAAGGGUAACAGAGCAGACUUUUCUGCAUCGGCACAGAGACGGAUCAUGGAGGUGGUGAACACGGCCCGUGUCCGGCAGAGCAUGCUGGAGGCAGAAUGCACGGAGGUCCCAGACUCGGACGUAACGGUGCCAGAUGACACUUGGAUCUUUCCACUUGUGCAAAUGAAGCCUCUUGGCAUUCAUCUGGAUGAACAAGUAACCAAACGACUGCUCACAGAGGCAGGUGGAGACUCAGUCGUCUACCUGACAUCAGGUUACUUCAACCUUACGCGCACCUACAUGCAGCUGGUGCUGGGUGCAGCAGCAGACUACCGUAUCCUCAUGGCCUCCCCAGAGGUUAAUGGUUUUUUUGGUGCCAAAGGAGUAGCAGGAGCAAUUCCUGAGGCCUACGUUCACCUCGCCCGACAGUUCUACAAUAAGGUGUGUCAGCUGGGUCAGCAGAGUCGUGUCCACUUGCAUGAAUACCAUCGCCCAGAUUGGACAUUUCAUGCUAAAGGUCUGUGGUACUAUGUGGGAGGAAGAGACCGACCCUGCCUCACUCUCAUUGGCUCCCCAAAUUUUGGCUAUCGCUCUGUUCACAGGGAUCUGGAGGCUCAGAUUGCCAUAGUAACAGAGAAUGAGGAACUCCAGAUGCAGCUGCAACAGGAGCAGGAGGUGUUGUACCAGAGUUCAACGCAAGUGUCAAACUCCACAUUUAAUCAGUCUGACCGCCAUGUAAAGCUGUGGGUGAAACUGGUUACUCCACUCAUCAAGAACUUCUUCUAAGGUUCAGCAGGCCUGAGGUGAUGGAUAUCUCGCUGUCUGUGACAGAUGAAAAGUGGGACUACAUGUGUGAUUUGUAAAAGAGGCAUUUGCAAAUAUUGAUGGAUUGCUAGAUGCAGAUGGCUACGAUAAAGAUGACUGUCCCAGUGAGCUCCAGUGAUGUUAGAUUCAGUAACAUUUCAUUCUGCUUCUCACAACCUCAUUGUUAAGAGAGAAUGCAUGCAAAUCCAGUAUACAGUAUUUGCUGCCAGUGUGAUAUAUAUUUGAAAGCAGUAUGGCAGAUAUGAACAUUUGGCCAUCAGUUUGAUAUGCAGUGCAUCUAACAUAUGUGUACAUAUUUUAGUUAAUUUAAGUUUUUUCUGUAAACAUUUGUGUUGUUUUGUCACUUUAAUAAGAUGCUGUUCAACAAAAACCCAUACCAUUUCUACUUCAUUUCCAUUGUACUUUUUUACUGUUUACAUUAUUUUUGGUUGAAAAUGUCAGCGUUAAUGUUCACUUCAUCAACAAAGUCAAUGAUAUUACGUUGAUUUCAGAAACCUUCAAGUUACCUCAGCCAUGUGUAAAAUUUCCAUAUUUCACAUCCACUGCCGGAAGCUUGUUUCCGCCACAGGAUUUUAAAUUUUUUAAAGAAAGGUAAUUGCAACAUCUCACAAUUUAUAUCUCACAAUUCACAACUUCAAAUUCCUGAAACGUCUGCAUUGUAAGAAAUAUGAGAAUGAAAGUCAAUUUUGACACAAUGACCUUUUUGUUCCAUGGCAGAAACAAAAUGAGUACUGAAAAUGAGCAUAUGACUUUACAGUACGCCUGGGAUGGAUUUGAGCAUCAUUGUGUUUGAGUGAGUAAUCACUUAUUUAAAGGGACUUCUGUAGUAUUAGUUCAACAUCAGUUUAAGUGCUGCCUUGCAGAAGUUCAAAACGAUGUUGGUUUUGUAAUAAAAACUGUGGUACUCUUUUCCUCAGAAUGUUUUAAUUUUGGUGCCAGUGUGCAUGGAGUAAGAGCGUUUGCUUAUAAGGUUUAUUAACACAUUGAGACCAGAUUACUUUUUUGUUUUUUCUUUUGUGACUUACAUUUAGCUAGAUUCAGAUGUCACGAAUGACAGUGUUUGGAAGAGAAGAGACUUUUGAAUGGUACCGUUUCUUGCUCUUUGAGAUGAGAUGAGGCCUUAAAGCCACGUCGUCUAACGCACAAGAACUAAAAAAAACUGCCAAAAAAGUACUAUAUAAAGACUUUUUUUUUUUUUGGUCAAUGUUUAAGUGGUUUUUAAGAAUAAAAAAGGCUCAUGAAUAAACA